CUUUGCUCCCCAAUGCCUAUUUAUUUCAUCUAGAGGCUCUGAAUCAUUAUUCCUAUGCUGGGUGACCCUCGUUCCUUCAAUCUCUUGGGAUUAUGUCCUUCGAUGAACGUCACCCCGGCUACAUGAGCGCAUCGCGACCCCGCGUUGCUCCCCGUCGCGUCGGUGAGAAAGCUAGCCCACGCGGUCCUGCCGCAAUGGAAAGCGAGAAUAUGGUGAGAAGUCCAGUCAAGGAGUCUGUCAAUGCAGGAAAUCGGGGAGAACGUCCAAAGAGGUCCAGUUUGCCGGCUAGCAACAGCGUCAGUGUCCGCAAAAAGCAGAAAGAGCCGGUAGAGACUCCACUGUGGAAUCCCCAAGCAUCGCUUGUUCCUCAUUCUACAGCUCCUUUGGCUUGUCGCGUAUCAGUGCCUCCUUUGGCGUCCGCAGCGCCGCAGCAGCUACAACCUAAGCCGUUCCGCGAGCUUCCCCUUGAUGCGCAGGAGGCGGCGAUUCUCGAUGAUCUGCUUUACGUGUUUAUGGGCUUCGAGGGCCAAUAUAUUCACUACCAUAGUUCCUAUGAUCCGUCGGUGGAAAAGGAUCGUCUGAGUGGUCCAAUAUUCCAAUUGGCACCGGGGUUGGACCCGACACUGAAAGAUCUCACCCUAUCCAUGUUGAAAAUGGCCACGCACUAUAGUGCCAUGGAAGCUUUUGUCGAGGUUCAGAGUCGGGCAGAAUGCGGAGCAGUCAGUCAUGCUUUAUGCGCCGCUAUCCGGAAGAUCUUGAAAGACUACCUGAUUCUUGUUGCACAACUCGAGAACCAACUACUCAACAAUCCUAAUUUCACAUUGCAUGUCCUACAUCUACACACCAUGCCGACUAGUCAAUAUUUAGCUCAACUGUAUUCUCUCGGCCAGGAGCUUCUCAAGCGGAACGGGCUUCUAGAUCAAGACCUGGACGAGUCGAUCGUCGACUUUGACGACGUGGACAAUAUUAUCGAACAGCUCAAGGAGGGAGGAGAUCUCGUCCCAGGUGCAAUGUCAAAGAAAAUUUGCAAAGGAGGAAAUAUACUCCGGUUAUUAACUGAGCGGCUUACAACGUAUUCGGGUGACCCGACUACGAAAACCCUCCUGGAGACACUGUUGCGCGAAUCUAGUCGACCAUACAUGGUAAUGCUUAAUGAGUGGCUACAUCACGGGGGCAUCAAGGAUCCCCAUGCUGAAUUCCUUGUCAAGGAGCAAAAAUGGAUUAAACGAGAGAAGCUUGAAGAAGAUUACACGGACGAAUACUGGGAGAAGCGAUACACGAUUCGCGAGAACGAGGUUCCGCCGCAGUUGGAUAGCGUAAGAGACAAAGUACUCUUAGCAGGUAAGUACUUAAACGUGGUUCGCGAAUGCGGUGGUGUCGACGUUAGCAAAGCAGUCAAGGACGUCCCUAAAACCCUCGACGACCCUCGAUUCCUGGAGAAUGUCAACGCAGCUUAUACCUAUGCCAAUGCUUCGCUAUUAAACCUUCUCCUAACUAAGAACUCACUUACAACUCGCUUUUGCUCUCUCAAGCAUUAUUUCUUUUUGGAUCGUGCCGACUUUUUCCCAUACUUCCUCGAGCUCGGGACAUCAGAGCUGCGAAAGCCGGCCAAACUCGUCAAUGAGAGCAAACUCCAGUCCCUUUUAGACUUGGUACUCCGGCAACCAGGUAGUAUCGCUGCGCAGGAUCCGUUUAAGGAAGAUGUGAAAGUGCGCAUGAAUAAGGUGGGCCUCACGAAGUGGCUGAUGCAGGUCGUCAGCGUAUCGGGAAUCGAUCAGGACAAUCCUGAGGCGGCCUUUGAAAAGUAUCAAGCCCCUACAUCACAAUCUUCAGACGACGAUAAAGAUAUUGCCGGCUUUGACGCUCUAGAGCUGGAUUACUUGGUGCCUUUCCCUCUCUCCUUGGUGAUUGGCCGUAAAACUGUCCUUCGAUAUCAACUCAUCUUCCGUCAUCUCCUAUCGCUUCGACAUCUGGAGACGCUGCUGGUUACUUCGUGGCUGGACCACAAUAAGGUUCUUAGCUGGAGGCAUAAGUCCUCGGACCGGAGAGUGGAGAUGUGGAAGCGGCGAGCGUGGAACUUGCGCUCCAAAAUGCUCGUAUUUGUUCAGCAGCAUCUUUAUUUUUGUACUGCCGAGGUGAUUGAGCCCAACUGGCAAAACCUUAUGAACAGGGUGAACGGCACAGAUGCGGAUGGGUCCGAGGUGACGGUGAAUGGUACCAAGCAAGCGAACCGGACUGUAGAUGAGUUGAUGCAGGAUCAUGUUGACUUCCUGGACACUUGCCUGAAGGAGUGCAUGUUGACGCAGGCGAAGCUGCUGAAGAUACACGCCAAGUUGAUCACUUGCUGUAACAUGUUUGCGUCUUGGACAGCAUCGUCGCUUGGAAGAACUUUGACGUCAGCCGACCCAGAUCUAUCAACAGGCAAUGCCGCCCUUGCGGACGCAAAGCCCUAUGAUCCAAUGCGGAUUGGGAAACUUGAAGAUACACUGAAAAAAUAUGAGGACCAUUUUAACCGGCACCUUCGCAUAUUGAUGGACAGCCUGAACUAUUUUGCGGCUACAGAGAGCGUUGUGCUGCUGAAACUUGCACAUUCGCUGAGUGCAAUCGGAAAAGAUGAACGAGGCUAUUGAUGGUGCUUUGUAACUUCUUUUCUUCCAGCGUCUUUGUCUUGAUGUCUUUCAACGCUGCUACGAAGCGUUGGUUGCGAGGUGAUUGGCGAGGUUUAUUUACGGUAACAUAUCUGAUUCUGGGAAUAUGCAUGAUACCUUAUACUAUUCUAUGUACAGCAUUCGAUAUCUUUUAUCGAUCCUGGUGUGCUACUGCACGGUCACCAAAUACUAAAACUCGGGGUUUGGUGUACGGCGUACUCCUUCAGCACCCUUACAUUGGGAUUCAGUGAACCCCUUACCCAGAAGCCUUCAUAUUGCCCGACUUGUGUUAACUCGAGUUAUUCUCUCCCAUCAGUCCUAUUCCACGUUUAAAUGCAAUGAGGACUGCAUAUACCUAUCCUUGACCAAUAUCCUUCCGAGACCAUUAUUUAACAGGCCAUCACGAUACCGGUACGUAAUAUAGACAGCCACCUCACAGCCAAGUGUUCAAUCUCAGUGGGCUUCUUUGCUUUUAUUUCUUUAACACCCUCAAAGCAAAUUAAAG